GUUUUAAAUUGCUUUGUUUGGUAGUCAUGUUUAUUGCCUGCGAUUAAUGAGUAACUCGGCGAAAUACGGGGAAUUGGGUGUGGAGGUCUAAUGGAGUCAAAAGUGACGUUGCCCAGCAGUCUGAGGGCUCUGCUUGCUUAAAACUAGUUCAUCUUUAGGUUCCAACCACGUCAAGGAGACCAUGGUGAAUGAAUGAAUGUUACUGUCGACCUUCAGCAGAUGACCACUUGACUCGCACAGAAACCGUUUUCGUCUGCUGCCAUGAACUCAAUCAAAAGUCUGUCUUCUCUGGCCACCUGUUUCUGUAUAUUUAUGUCAGCUUGUCCUCUGGGUUCAACAGCCUUUGCUAGUACCAGCCUGUGGGGUAAGAAGCUGGUGUUUCAAGUCCAACCGUGUUUGUGGCAGUUACACUCGGGGGUUCCGGUACCAGCCCUCAGGGAGCUCAGUGUGUGCAUGAGUUUACGUCGCACCAUUUCAGCAGACUGGACAGGUUUUGAAUACAAAGCUCCAGGAAACAGACAGACGGAGCUGGGUCUUGGAGGCAAAAAUGGAAAACUAUUCGUAAAGUUGUUCGGACAUGAGUGGCAAUAUGAAAAUAACCUUACAGUGAAUGAGUGGCACUCUGUCUGUCUUACCUGGUCGGGGCAAGCUCAGCGACUAAGGAUCUCCAUCAACAGUACCUUUCUGAUUGAAAUAUGUCUAACAACAAGCCAGCAACUGUCCAAAAACGGCACUCUCACUCUUGGUGUGUCUCAUUAUGUAAACGCAAAUGGUGAAAUCCAACCGGAGACUGGCACUAACUUGGUAGGUGAGAUAGCUCUGUUUCGGAUGUGGGCCAGAGAAUGGAGCCUUGAAGAACUGAAAAACCUGAACUGUACAGAUGGGGAUUUGGUGAGCUGGGACCUAAAGCAGUGGACCUAUAGCUGCCCUCCUGAGCCCAGCAUCAACCUACACUGUGCAUGGUCAUUCUACACAGUCAAAAUGGAGACGUGCAUAUUUAACACGUUAAACCCGGGAAAGCUUUUGUUGUCACUGGAGGAAAUCUCUAAAAUCUGGUUGGAAAGCAUUUUCCACAAAAACACAUCUAUCCAUAGCAUCUUAGUGUCAUCCCCUUGCAGUAGCUGCCCCAUAGUUAAUGAUUCUGCUACUCUAGACAAAGACCAGGAAUUGGAACUGUUAUCAAACACAAUCUGUGACAGCUGCUUCAGCUGUGAAGUGCACAUACAUGUGAAUCCUCCUGCUGAUGUUGAAGUGGUUCAGACAGAGAUUACAGCAUUGCUUAGUUUGCGCUCCCCUUUAAACUUCCUCAAUCUGUCAGUUCAGGGCAACAACAUUGUUGUACUUCCUGUAGAGCAAUUCUCCAAUUCGACAGAACCUGCACCAACUGUCAGCUCCGAGACAACGCCAACUCUCAGUCCAUCAGUUCAUCCAACGACCAGAGAGCCUUUGCAUGUCAAUGACACUGCUGAACCAGAUCAAUUCUUUAGAGUUGAUUUGGUCUUAAAUAUGACUGGAAACCCUUUGGAUCCAAAGGAUAUCAUUGAGAAAUGGGUGAAAAAGCAGCUAGAGGUGAAUAACACGAUGAGUGUACUGAAUCUUGACAUAAAAGAGAAUGCUGUCAGAAACACGGAGCAUUAUUUCAAUUUAAUGAUUUCUCAGGACCAACCAAAACAAUAUUACUGUGCCUUCCAUGUUCAGGAAUGCAACAAAAACACUGUGGCAGAAAUUGAAAUCCUAAUUCAAGCUGCCUUGGUGUCAAAGUAUCAAAAUCACUCCAUUAUUAUCCAAACUGUGGAAGUGAUGAUCAGACAUAUAGUGCCAAAAAACUGUUCAGAAGACACUAGCUUCACAAUCUAUGGAAAAUACAUAUGGCCUGAAACAUUUCCACAAAGAAUCCAAGUAAUGGGAUGCAUCACGCCAACAUCAGAGAGAGCUUUCAGACUCUGUAAGUUAGACAUUGAAACUGACACAACCAGAUGGGCUGAUCCUAACAUGAAGAACUGCCACCAACAUCUAUCAAUAUCGGACCUUAACAAUAUCACUGUCACUCCUGGUAAUGCGGCUGAGGUUGUGGUGGUGAUUCAGGACCUUGUAGUUAUUCAGUUAGGCAAUAGCUCGGAGCUCUCGCCUUCUCACCUGGAAUCUGUGGUGGAAAAGCUCAGUGAAGUAGUCGAUGAAAGCAUCGUUAACUCUGCGGUUGGAGCCAACAUCGUCACUAUUGUUUCUGAUAUUCUGCUUUCCAACACUGAUGUUACUCCGGUUUCAAACACUUUCCUCAAUCUGACAGACAGGAUGGCGGAUAAUAUGAUAUUCCAAGGUGAAUCUGCUAAUUUAACCGCUCCCCCACUGGGAUUUUCCAUGAUCAAUGUGGAUCCAGAGGAAUUCAGUGGUCUCACCUUUGGUGCAUCAAUUGUUUCACCAACUAAGAGCCCUGAGAUGUUUGUCGACCAGGGCUUUGUGAAUAAACCACAUCCCACAGCAAAUGCAACAAUCUCUUUGCCUUCUGCACUCAAUGAUUUUUUCCCUACUGGAGGGAGAAAUACAACUCGUGUUCAGUUUCAGUUUUAUGGAACACACGAGCUUUUUCAGGACCUGGACAUAAACAAUGCGCAGAGCAACUGGACGUUGAACUCAUAUGUAGUAUCUGCCAGCAUCAAUGACAGCAAAAUCAUGAACCUGGAAGAUCGAGUAGUGGUGACCUUCAGUCAUCAAAUUCCUACAAAGCCACGGGACAAAGUACAAUGCAUGUUUUGGGAUUUUUACAAGAAUGGUGGGCGGGGUGGUUGGAACAGCAGCGGCUGUGAAACCGAGAGUAUUUCUCCAUAUCAGACCAGUUGUCUCUGUGAUCACCUCACACAUUUUGCUGUGCUCCUGAAUGUCGAAAGAACUCCUUUCAGUAAGGUUAAUGAACAGAUUCUGACAGUGGUAUCAUAUAUUGGAUGUGGUAUAUCCUCCAUCUUUCUGGGCCUCACUCUACUCACCUACCUUAUUUUUGAGAAGCUGCGACAAGAUUACCCAUCUAAGAUACUCAUCAACCUGUCAUCUGCACUACAGGGGCUGAGCAUGCUCUUCCUUCUAAACACUUGGCUCUCAUCUUUCUCCAAUUAUGCUCUUUGUAUUGCUACUGCUGCAACGCUCCACUAUUUCAUGUUGGCCUCCUUCACGUGGAUGGGCCUGGAAGCUGUGCACAUGUAUCUCGCAUUGGUCAAAGUCUUCAACACAUAUAUCCCCUCUUAUAUCCUCAAGUUCUGUAUUAUAGGAUGGGGUAUUCCUGCAGUAAUAGUGAGCCUGGUGCUGGUCAUAGACAAAGAUGCCUACGGCAGUCUUGCUGAUGAAGAAAUUGAAAUGGUCCUUGAUUCCACUGAAGCAUUCUGUUGGAUACAGAAUGACAUUGUCUUCUUUGUGACAGUGGUGGCAUUUAUUGGUCUGACCUUGUUGUGCAACAUGUCUGUCUUCAUCAUGGUUCUGAUCCAAAUUAAACGGAUUGGGGCAAAUAAGCUUGCCGCAAACAGCCACGGCUCUGUGCUGGACUUGAAGGCGGUUGCCAGUCUCACGGUUCUGUUAGGCCUCACGUGGUCAAUUGGCUUUUUUUCAUUUGGGCCUGCCAGAGUAGUCCUGGUGUACCUGUUCGUUUUCCUCAACAGUUUGCAGGGCUUCUUUGUGUUUUUGUUCCACUGCCUGAUGAAGGAAAAUGUGAGGAAACAGUGGAGAAUCCACCUGUGCUGUGGACGUUUUAGACUCCGUGAAUACUCAGACUGGAGCCGCUCUGUGACAGUCGGUGACCGAUGCAAAAAGAAGAAUCUCGUUAACUCGGAUUCGGUCACUUCUGGCAGCUCUCAGUAGGUUUCUGGCUCCUCAGCAGCAGCAGCAGUAAACCAACACCAGGGGGCAUGAGUGGACAUCUGGAUGAAUUCUUCAAAGUUUUCCGUUGUUGAAUUACAAACAGAAAGCAAAAAGUUCAAAGACCAUCUCCCCAGUGCAACUAAUGUGCAGGGAAAGCUGAAAUAUGUCUCAGCUUCACGGAGAAAAUGGAUCCAAAGCCAUCACUUAAACUCGGUCAUGAAAAUUAAGCACUGCUUUGAUGCAGAAAGUAAAAAUCCAUUAGAAAUCAGUAAACGUGUAAAAGCCGUACAAUUCAUUUUAAAGGUUAAAAUGAUUCAUUUUCACAUCCAUGCAUUGUAGCGCUGUUUAAGAAAUCUUUCUUUGUAACAAAGCAAAAUGUAAUGUUCUGCGCACUAGAUUAUUAUCCAUUUAAAUGUCAUGCAAAUAUUGGAGCGUAAAAGUCGUUUUUAAGGUUAAUUUUAAUAGGAUUGUAAUGUAAUAGGGAUUUAGCUGACUUCUUAGAGUAUAUUUUCUGAUAUCCUAUACAGGAUUUGUCACGGCUUACCACUGUAUAAUGACAGUUU